GCCGGCUUUAAGGGGGUAGGCUACUGCAUUGUGGACCCCUCUCUUUACUCUCUGAAUUAUAGUUUCUUUGUAUAAAGAGUUUCAUUAAAGACUGUCACGCUGGAGGUUACCGAGGAGUUGAUCUCUCGAGUUGAUAGUACCGGUGUCCUUGUAAGCCUCGGAUACGCCAUGGAGACGGAGCACUUUGACGAUCGGGACAAGGGACAGAGGCAUAGCCGAUCUAGCGCCAAGAUGAACGGGGUCAUGAGUCCCACGCACAGCGCCCACUGCAGCCUGUACCGGACACGCACCCUCAAGACCCUCAGCUCCGAAAAGCGAGCCAAGAAAGUGCGCUUCUACCGCAAUGGGGACAGGUACUUCAACGGGAUUGUCUACGCCAUUUCUGCAGACAGGUUUCGCACUUUUGACGCCCUCCUGGCUGACCUCACGCGCUCACUGUCCGAUAAUGUGAAUCUGCCCCAAGGCGUGCGCACCAUCUACACCCUGGAUGGGUCCAAGAAGAUCUCCAAUAUUGAGCAGCUUGUGGAAGGUGACAGCUACGUCUGCAGCUCCAUUGAAGCGUACAAAAAGUUGGAUUACACAAAAAACGUCAACCCCAACUGGUCCGUGAAUGUCAAAGCAGCAGCAGCUUCCCGUGGGCCUGCGUCUCUGGGCAGUGCCAAGACUCAACAGGAGUUCCGGGAAUGCAAGGACUUCAUCCGCCCCAAACUGGUUACCGUGGUGAGGAGCGGAGUCAAGCCCCGUAAAGCUGUCCGAAUCCUCCUCAACAAGAAGACAGCACACUCCUAUGAGCAGGUGCUGACGGACAUCACAGAUGCCAUAAAGCUGGACUCUGGAGUGGUCAAGAAGAUCUACACACUAGAGGGGAAACUGGUGUCAUGCCUGCAGGAUUUUUUCGGUGAUGAGGACAUCUUUGUGGCAUGUGGACCAGAGAAGUAUCGUUACCAGGAUGAUCUGAUGCUGGAUGAAACAGAGUGUCGGAUGAUGAAGUCAGUGAACUAUGGGAAAAUGUCCUCGUCCCUUAACAGAUGCUCCCCCAGAACUGUCCAGGCCCUGCGCAGCAAGUCCCCCGCUUCUGUGAACGGGACGCCGGCCAGUCAGCUGUCCACCCCGCUCUCCGGAAAGUCUCCCUGCCCCUCCCCCAUCAGCCCCAACAACGUCAACCAACGCCGGGGGUCCCAGGGGUCUUCCUCGUCUCUGUCUUCUGCAAAAGUGUCCAGUCCAGAAGAGGAGAGGAAUGGCACUACUCCUGAAGUGGAGGUUCCAGUAGACGAGGUUCCUGCCGUGCCAUCCUACAUCUCGGAUCGGUACAGAGUGGGACGCAUGCUCGGGGAUGGGAACUUCGCUGUGGUUCGAGAAUGUGUGGAACUGUCAACGGGACGAGAAUACGCACUUAAAAUUAUCAACAAGAGCAAGUGCAGAGGCAAGGAACAUAUGAUCCAGAAUGAGGUGGCCAUCCUGCGCAGAGUCAAACAUCCAAACAUCGUCCUCCUGAUCGAAGAGGUGGACACGUACAGUGAACUCUACCUGGUCAUGGAGCUGGUCAAGGGAGGUGAUCUGUUCGACGCCAUCACCUCGGCCAACCGAUACACGGAAAGAGACGCCAGUGGCAUGCUUUACAAUCUGGCCAAUGCCAUCAAGUACCUCCACAGCCUCAACAUCGUGCACAGAGACAUCAAACCAGAGAACCUCCUGGUCUAUGAACAUGCAGAUGGCAGUAAAAGCUUGAAGCUGGGAGAUUUUGGUUUAGCGACUGUUGUGGAUGGACCUCUCUAUACUGUGUGUGGAACGCCAACAUAUGUAGCACCUGAAAUCAUUGCGGAAACAGGGUAUGGCCUUAAAGUAGACAUCUGGGCAGCUGGAGUUAUCACAUAUAUUCUUCUCUGUGGGUUCCCUCCCUUUAGAGGAAGUUGUGAAGACCAGGAAGUCCUUUUUGACCAGAUACUGAUGGGGCAGUUGGAGUUUCCAAUGCCGUACUGGGACAAUGUGUCUGAAACAGCCAAGGAGCUGAUCCGGUCCAUGCUGGAGGUGGAGGUUGAUCAGAGAUACACCGCUCUACAAGUCUUAGAGCACCCCUGGGUCACUGACGAGGGUCUGUGUGAGAAUGACCACCAGCUGUCUGUAGCAGGAAAAAUCAAGAAGCACUUCAACACCACUCCAAAAGACAAGGACACAACAGCCGGGGUCUCGGUCAUCUCGCUCGAUGACAGCUUUUCUAUGCAGAGAUCUGGGUCGUUGGAUUUCUACCAGCACCCAGCCAUGUACUGGAUCAGACCACCUCUCUUGAUAAGGCGGGGCAGGUUCUCAGACGAGGAUGCCACCCGGAUGUGAUCACCUUG